AUGUCCGGCAAGAUCGAUGUCACGGUUGAGUUCACUGGUGGCUUAGAAAUACUCUUUGACAAUGUUUCGAAGCACUCAUUGUCGCUUGCCAAUGACGCCGACGAGGGAAAGCCUCCCACCGUUAGGUACCUGGUCAAGUACCUCUGCAGCCAUCUGAUGAAAGAUUCGAGAAAAGAGUUGUUUGUGCUCGACGGCAAUGUUCGACCAGGCAUUCUGGUCUUGAUCAACGACUCCGAUUGGGAGCUCGAGGGCGAAGACAAAUACGAACUCGUCAAUAAAGAUACUAUUCUAUUCGUGUCUACUCUCCACGGCGGCUGA